GAUGCACGCUUCUCAGGCAUGCACGUGCAGUUUCGCGAACACCCAAACAAUAAAUCCCACUCACUUGUCUUGUUUUGAUUUGUCAUUGUUGGGAUGAACCCUAACACACUGAACAUUCGACAGUCGACAACCUUUGUAAUUUUUGGACAUUCUCUUCACACUCUGAGCCAUGUUUUGUCGGUUGCUGAUAUCCGCGCUCAUUGUUGCGUUGCUAGGCAACCUCAUCACCAGCAACAGGACAGACCAAUCCUACCGCGACAAUGAUCAAAGCUAUCAGGACAACGACAACGGAGUCCGACUUAUGUCCAAAAGGGCACAGGAGUCCUGCGUGGUCCAGCCGUGUGUCCAGUCCGUCACGGAGGACGCCAAAACUAUCCCACUUGUCAUAUCAUCAGUGGUAAUUUCACUGCUGAUUCUUGCAGGAGUCGGGUGCCUGCUGUGGAAGAAGUGCCUGCGGAACCUGAGACGUGGUCCAACCGAGAAUAGGUCUUCCGUCCAUUUCCGCAAAAAUGGGAAGAUGAAGACGCCGGUAAAAUUGGCAUCUAUGACCAGUAUGAACCUCGACCUGGAACAUCUUCCCGACAACGACCUCUACUCAUCUGAAAGUGACGACAACGACUGCUUCCCUGAAGGAGUAGACCUCUCAAUGGUGGACUCCUACAACAUGGACCCCGUGGCUUCCUGUUCCCCCUACCACCUUGCAUGGACUACUCCCAAGGGAAUCAAGACAUUGACGGAGGGGUCGUCCUUUCGAGAACAAGAGGUGUGUUCAUGUACUGUUGUGAAUGAAUGUGAUAACCGAUCUCUUAACCGAUCUCACAACAGAUCUCUCAACAGAUCUUAUAACAGAUCUCUAAACGGAUCUCUCGAAACAGAACCAACCCAGAUCAAAAAGAGGCAGAAGUCUGGAGAUGGGGAUAUGUCCAUCGCAUCAUCUACUCCAUACCGGACUCCAAAGAUUGGCUACGCCCAUGGAAGGCCACAUCCAACACCUAUAGAACGUCUUACCUCCAUCAAGCCUGGUGUCGGUGCGGGUAACAAGCUGCCUUUCUCUCCAAGCAGACCAGAUUUCCCAGUGACUCCUGUGACUCUGUUUCUGGAAAAGAGGCGGUUCUCAGCACACACUCCGGCAAGGCGUCUACUGGAGAUUCAGCCUCGGGGUUACCAAGGUUCUGAUGACGCCAGUAGAAUGGAUGAUUCGCUUCUGUGGGACAGCUACCCUUUCAGACCUCAAGAGGAGUCGCUAGUUUGGGAUGAUGACAUUUUCGAAUCUGAAUCGAAAUCUUUGUCGAAAGUGGACGAAAACUGCAACGAUCCUAAUUUUAUUUCUUUAGAGAUAUAACAUUUAGACGAAGGACUGAGAUCUGAAUGGUUAAACUCUUUUCUAAACUUCAGGAACACGACCUUUCGGACAAUACCUGUUGUAGUGUCCACAUGUACACAGAGACAUUAUUUCACCUUCAUCUGAAAGGUUUCGUUUGGAACUGAUGGUCCGGAUCAGGAAGAUGUUCAGUUCUAACGGAUGAAGUACAACUCAUUAUCGUACGUAAUUCAUAUCGGAAUCCUUUUAUGAAACAUUUUCCGUGUUCAUAGGACACUGUGCGAUUAAUGGAUGUAUGCCUUUUUAUUUGUCGAUGUAUUUCAGAUUGUAAUUGUAAUUGUUUGCUUUCACGAAGGUUUCAUCUUUUCUUUAAUGCCAGAAUCUUCAUGGAUAUUUCAAUUUGAAACUGUUUUCAUCCUGGGAAGGUUUUAGUUCAAGCCUAAUCCAUACUAAUGGUAAAAAAGUGAAACAAAUGUGAAAUUCAGAUGUCAUUGCGUUUGUUUCGCUCUAGUGCUUGUCAAUACAUCGUGAUAUAGUGCUUUGUGUAUCCCGUGUUGUAAUAUAUAACCCUCACUAAUCAGGUGAGGAAAUACACGCUUGUCUUAGACAGGGGCGGUGAGGUAGCCUAGAGGUGAAAGCGUUCGCUCCUCACGCCAAAGACCCGGUUUCGAUUCCCCACAUAGGUACAAUGUGUGAAGCCCCAUGUCUGGAGUCCCCAUAUAUUCCUGCAAUAUUGCUGGAAUAUUGCUAAAAGCGGCUUGAAACCAUACAUUACUCAUUCGCUCAUUGUCUUAGAUUGUUGUUAGCAGGGUAUGAGUGGGGUGGAUUAGGGUGGGGCAGAUGAGGGGCAGGGUUAGCAAUGGAGGGGGAGAAAGGGGAGGUCAUGUGCGGAGCUAUGGAAACCCUGUUGUAUUGGAUGAAUGAGUAGGAGUAGACUCGUCAGUAAAAACAAAUGGCUCACAGUUCUGGUGCACUUCUACCAUCUUUAUAUUUCAACAGGUGGAUGUAAUGAUCAACGCGGUACUCUCACCUGUAAUUAAGAAGCAGAUCGUGUAAAAAAUGUUUUAUUAUUACAAGUGUAUUUUACUUUCGUUGUACGGGUAUAUUGCUCACUUUUACAUGUAAGCUAUACCAAACGUUUUACCUUUUGAUACACAAAUAUAAAAUUUACUCACAAAAAAUUCCAAACACCUUGUCUUGUUUUCAAGGUUCGAAGCGCAUUUAUGUUUUGUGCUCAACACAAGGUGUCUCAGUGUUUUAAUUCAAACUUCUGCCUGACAAAUAUUUUCCAUUAGUUGUAUGAGAGUGUUUGGUACUUUUCAUUUCAUAUCACAGCUGUUUAUAGGGGAAGAGUGGUUUAGUUUCUUUCCUCAAUGCGAAAAGAAUGGAAUUGAUCUAAAGUUGAUGUGGUCGACUGUGGUGAAUAGUUCGUUGUGAACAAUCUAUACAGUCAGUUUCGUGAUAUUGUCAGUUUUCGGGCAUCACAAUAAUGUGCGGUCAUUUUGUCAUACAUCAGUAUUCAAUAAACAUAUGUUAAGAAACACCGCAGUUUCCUUUUACUAUAGGACGGUGGGGUAGCCUAGUGGUUAAAGCGUUCGCUCGUCACGCCGAAGGCCCAGGUUCGAUUCCUCACAUUGGUACAUUGUGUGAAGCCCAUUUCUGGUGUCCCCCGCCGUGAUAUUGCUGGAAUAUUGCUAAAAGCGGCGUUAAACCAUACUCACUCACUCAUUUUAGUCUAAAUGGCCUAGAAUGACCAGUUAACUAUACUUAUAGGGAAUAGUCGGAUGAUCUUUAACUUGUUUGGGUUGUAUACAUCAGCUUCAGUUGCUAAAUUGUAUGAUUUCUUGUAUCUGUGAAAGGAGCCUCAUACUAUUUCUGAAGCUGCAUGCUAAUCAAGGCAGUUUUGUAUCAUUCUAUGUUGGUUCAGUUGAGAUGUUAAAAGAAUUACCAGACGAACCCAUAUAUAAACCUCAUGUUCUGUUACAACUUGCAGGCAGAUUUUAAAUCUCCAUAAUUUAAUACACUGUAUGUAUAAAUGAACUAUUAUGCACGAAUUCACUUCUGAUUACAGACCUGAAACGAUUUUUGAGACAGUUUUGCCUUUUACUGUAAAUAAAAGUAUUUUCUUA